UUCGGCCGCUGUGUGUGACAUAGAUAGGCGCAAUUUCCUCCUUCCUUUUCUACACCAUUUCUAUAAAAACAAAUGGAAAACACAGCUCGUGUUUUAUAUUAACAGCUGAAAUAAAAAAGAUUAGAUCUGUUUGAUGUACCAUCAGAUACUACUCACCAAGUCGUUGUAAAAGUUGUUGCAUUUAUUGUUCAAUUCCAGUUUUGUCGUUUACGACUACGAGAAAUGGAGCCGGGCAGUGAGUUGCGGGCGCGACGGCGCGGGCUUCGCGACAUUUCUAACACGCCUUCGGUGCCUGGAAUCCAGACUCCGUUGCACGGCAAAAGUAGUCAGUUCGACACCCCAGCGAAAAAGCGACCGCGCAUUGCGGCAGGGACGCCGGGGCCCAGUUACAAUGUCCAACCGAUGCGGAAUGACAACCUCAAGAGCGGGUUUGCGAAGAAGCCGCCUGUGGCUGCAGAUCCUGUCCUACCGCAACAACCGGGACGGAGAGCGCUGGGAACGCCAGGCCCAAGCUACAACACGAAUAUCCAGAAGAACAACACUAACAAUGUAGCCGCUGCUACGGCCUCCAUGAAUCAGCCGUACCCCGCCCCGCAUGAUAACUUGUCCAAGAACAGAGCUGAUCAACAACAAGGGCAGCAGCUGCAGCAGCCGCCCGCGUCUUUUCAGCCGCGAUUGCAAGAGCCCGUCGUGCCGGUAGUGCCGUCGAGUUCCUCCUUUUCGAAGCUGGUGGCCGCAAAGCAGGCUGAAAAUCCGUUCUGCAUCACAACCGGCUCGUCUUCACAAAUUCGGCAACCGCUGCAGAGUGGUGUAGCACCGUUUCUUCACACGAACACAAAUAGCACAUCUGGGGCUGGACUGUCUUUUGCCGACCGGUUAGUGCAACAGCGUGAAGCACAAAAAUCUGCUCGGGGCGCUAACCCGGCAACCCCGCCACGAAACAGCAACAAAGUUUUCGCCAAGAUUGAUGAGCCCCAGCGGAAACCUGGAACGCCGGGUCCAAGCUACCGAUGCGCGUCGCCGGGAGGAAAAGUGAAAGCUGGGAGUGGAACGCCUGCCUUUGGCAAUCGCGGGGGCACGCAACCGACGUUGCGAGACCGAGUGAUCGCGGUACGUAUAAAUGAUAUAACUUUUCUGCAUGAUGUUAAUGCACCUAACCAGUCUACAUCACUUGCGCUUGCCUGCGUCUUGUGGAUGUCCCCGCGGCACGCAAAGAUGAAAAGUGCUUGUUUUUCAGGAUUCGAAAACUAUCAAUCAACAUUUCCAUUGAGGUUGCAUCAGGAACCAAAUUGGAAUCGAAGGUGGAUGUGUGGAAGACUUCUUCAUCCUCUGACUUCCGGUUUGCACCGGACCAAUCGAACGCCGUACGGUUUGCUCCUUCAUCUGCGGGUUUUCCUGGACUAGCACCAGCACCGGGUAAGACUACAGCUGCUGCCGCAGUGCAACCACACGAGAAACGGCCAGUCAACCACGUAGUAGCCCAAGAAGUCCCCGGUCUGCUGGCGCACCACACGCCCGGUCGCUAUGCUGGCCUAGUCGAGCAUCCACAUCCGGGUCUCGCGCUGCAGCCACAGCAACUCGUGCUGCCGAAACGGCACGAGCAGCGCAACAUUGGUGCGGCUUCUGGCCUUGUCCAGUCCGCAAAAGAACAAGUUCCAGAGCCUAGACACAAGAACUCUCGCGCCGCCGGCCCAGGAGGGCCCGCUGCAGCACCGACGAGCAGCACGCCAUUCAGUCCCUUCAGUGCCGUGCAAGAAGUGGAGGAGCCGGUUUUUACGUUUUCCUCGGAGGAGGAUGAAGACGAGGUCAAGCUCCGGAACACCGGCCGCGCGUACGAAGGUACCGGAAGCAAGAAGUACAUGAAGGCGAUGAAAACGACUGACAUGCAGCGAAGUGUUCACUUCGCAAACACGUUUGAGAGCAAGGAGUUUCUGGUGCAAGAAGAGGAACCUCUUUUUGCGGACGACGGAGAUAUUAAAGAUGGUCCGAUUCAAACCUUCACUGACAAUCGCACGGAAGACGAGAAGCGCGAAGCCGCUCUAGGGCGACCACUCAUUCCGGCUGUGGACCUGACCGGCUUGGAAAAGCGGCGUCUGUCGCAGGUCCUGGGCAAGCUCUUCCCGAACGAUCCAGCGAGCCCGGACUUCGCGUUCCAAUCUCCCGUGGGCAGGACUCACAAGAAAAGCCGGUCAUCUGCAGCGCACCCGCAGGGCGGGGAGGCUGUGCGUCGUCCGGGGGAAAUGAAUUUGUUUUUGGCGUCGAAUGGGCACCAGCAAUCGCUGCAGAUCCCGUCACCGAGAUUCAUCGACGACGACGGUGAGGAGGAAAAUUUCGCAAACUUGAACUUCGAGCGCUCACCCGCCCUUUUCUAGGAUGAGGGCGGGAAUCAAACGACAGAUAGUACUGUCUGAUGCAGUUGUUGCAGGCACAAAAAAAAAUUAUGCACUUUGCUUCAGGAUCCAGAAUCAAUAUCAAAACACGUGUCCACCUUGGGACUCUAUUAACGCUGAACUGAUAGACUGUAUUUCUCUGAUUCCUUCUGAAAACCAAACCGUGAAGGCCGUCUCGGUCUCCUACAGACAGCUAAGUAUGCUCGCCAGCAUGGCUUAUGGGCUCGUCCAACGUGCGAGUAGGACA